AUGGAUAAGAGUUUCGCAUCUGGAGAAUCAGAUCCUCUGUCUGAUGUGGCUUCGGCUUGGAAGAGUCUUCGGAGAGCCCAAGCAGUGCUACAAAGGAUUGAAAACAAAUUUUAUCAUCAAACGUGGAGUUGUGCCAAAUCCCAGGCAGCCAGAAGAAAGCUUUGGCAUGAAAAAAGCUUUGAUGGCCAGAGGAACAGAGAUGAAACAGCUUUGAAUGAGAAAAAGAGCCAUGAGAUUCCUCCAGCCUGCAGAAAGGGGAACUGUGCUGCUCUCUCCCCUGCUUGGACACAGACCUGUUUCCUUGAGAGCCCUGCCGUGGGCUCUGGCCCACCCAGAAUGACCCCUCUGUCCCCCCGGGGAGGCUCCCGCUCAGCACCGUGCAGCCCUGCCAGGAGGGAGGCUGCGGAGGGCGAAGGCACAGCUGGGACACGAUCUCCUGCAAAGAGCCUGUACAGACCAAGAUGGGACAACUUCAGGGAGCAGGCAGGUUCAAGGGCUUGCAGAGUAGAAAAGGAAAAAUCUCCCUUCUCUCUGCAUCACCCAUCUCCCUGCCCUGCAGGGAGCAGUCCAUUCUCCGCUGUCCCAUACGGCAGCUGGAAUAACGCUCCUGUGCCCACGGCUGUCCUGGUUCCUACACACCACCUUCCAUCAGCCAGCAGAGCCAGGGAUCAGAAGCUCAAAGAGUUACGGAAAAAAUCACCCCAAAAGAAGUUAGAACAACUCAAGAAGAGAAUCCAGGAGCAGAAGCAAAAGCAGCAAACAGUAUCUCAGGAGCGUCUGAUUUCUGCUGAUGGUCAAGGGCCACCCCAAAGAAGAGCCCUGAAGAGGAAGGUGUGCAGGGUGGCCUCUGCUCCUCCUGCUCCAGGUCACAGAGACCAAAGAGAGAGAAGCUCAGCAUGGAGAAUUCAAACACAGAGUCAGAGGCAGCCUUCACCCAAGUCCUCUCCUCUGGAGAGAGCAGCGAAAGAUAAACGUGUGAAGCUGCCUGGUGCUUCUGCAUGGAGAGAAGGUCAGAAGCUAGCUAGAAAGCUGCUUGGUCCACCUCCUACCUUUCCAAAUCUGAGGAGCACAGCUGGAGAGCAAACCACAGCGAAUAUCUUUGAACCUGGUAGAAGAUCUGUAUCUAUGGCAAACAGCUUCAGAGGAAAGGGAAAAGAACCUGUGGGGAAAAGCCCUGAAUUCAGAAGCUGUGUGGUGCCCCAGAGCAAGCCGAUUGAAAGGGGCAGCAACGCACCAACCAAGGAUAUGAAACAAAUCCUCAGGAACCUGCAUUUGCAAAGCCAGUGUCAUGAUGAUCACAGACAUACCAGGCUCCCAAAAGACACUCUGAAAGGAAAGGUAGAAGUUCUGCAGCAAUACCUAGGGAUCCAUGCUCCUUCACCUGGACCUCAGGCCAUAACUUCUUCUGCCUUCAGCGGGGAAAAGACACAAUCUUCAUUAAUGAAAGACAGAGCCAAGCCCAGCAGCUCAGGAAACUGCUGCAGAGGAAAAAGUGCAUCUCCUCAGAGGCAGAAAGGCUCAAGCAGCCCUGCACAGAAAGGGUCUGAGAAAGAAAACCUUAAGUACCCUUCAAGGAGGAGGCUAAACAUUAAAAAACCUCACCCCUACAGCCCUGAAAUUGUUCAGGAAUUUAUGUAUCGAAAGAAGGAAGAAAGAAGGAAAAAAAGCCUAGAAGAGAAAAAGUCUUUGGUGCAGGCCACGGAGAUGAGAAAUAAGAGAUUGCAAGAAGUAUAUAGGAAACAGAAAGAAGCUAUUGGAAAGAAAAUACGUUCUGACCAGCUGUGCAGGCUCAUCAGGGAAACAGCUUCUGCAAAAGGAAGUCCUCAGUGUAAACUUGAGCAAGAGCACACCAAUGGUGGAAUCCUGGAGAGCAAUUUCAAGGCCUGUGUGGAUAAACCACCGUGUAUUCUAUUAAGUAAAGAUCACAGAAGCAGGAAUCAACUUCUAUAUACGGCUCAAUCACCUAAAAAAAGAGCAGAAUUAGCUUCUCCAGCACCACUGGAGUCUGAAUGCUGUUUUUUCAGUCCUCUGAAAUGUGAAGACCUGAGGGGCUGCUCUCCCCCAGCUCUGCAAACACCUCCUCUGAGCUUUUCCCUUCCCCAAAAAGAUGCAAAAUCUUACUCCCAGGACUUGAGUUCUGAUCUUUCUCCAUACAGAAGCAAACAGGAUCGAGUGAAAGCCUUACAUAGUCUAUCCAAGGAACUUGCAGAAAAGAUUGAGGUGGCAACUAAGAGACUGAAUGCAGCAAGCUGGGUUAAAGACUCUGCUGACAAAACAUCAACAGAAACAACUUUGGACCUUUACAAUGAGUCAUUUUCCAUCCCAGAGCCUGAGACAUCCAAGGAUGAGCAAGACAGGACAAUGACUAUACAAAUGCUUCUGGACGCCCCAGAUCCUGGUGUGUUACGUCAUGGACAGGGCAGGAUUAGCCUUGUGGGUAUCACUGAGGGACCAACAGCCCCAGACAGACAGAAGGAAAUGCCCACUCCUUUGCCUGGUGGGAGCUCUGUGAGCAAAGAACUACCAUGGAUCACUCGUGGUGCAGGACAGAGGCACCUCAAGACUGAAGAAGACCUGAUCAAGGCAUUGCAAGGUUUUCCUGUGAAUAAGGGCUCCGGGGUGGACAUAAGCCUAUUGCACGAAAAGCCAAUAACCAGCCCAGCCUCUCCAUCUCACCGAUUCCUCGCUAGAAGCCCGCAGAGAGAACUCACAGCUCAGAGGAACCACUACCGGUGUGAGACUGUUUUCAAAGUUCAGAAUCAAGAGGAAAUUGCCAACCGGUCUCCCAGAGAGAGCCUGAGGACACAGGACAGCCUCAGGUCACAGCCCUCUGCCGCUCUGAGCCCUGGAGCUGAGACUCACCCCAGCUUUGAGCAGGACUUGGGUGAGGGAGACCCCAGCUGCACAGAACUGGAAGAGAAACACAGGAGCCAUCUGGACAAUUUGAGGCAAACCUCCCUGCUACUGACUCACAAACUGAAGGUCCAUCAGCUCCAGCAGAAGCAGCAGCUUACGGUGCUGAGGGAGAAAGCAAAACUAGAAGUUCAAGAAAGCCAGAGGUUUUUGAGUGACCUGCUUCAGCACAAUCCAGAGGAGUGCAGUAGCUCCAAAGGCUGUUAUUUUUCCGUGCCAAGGUUGGACCACGUAGAGCAAAUGUGGAGAGGAUCCCAAUCAGAAGGUGACGGUGCAGCUGCCAGUAAUCAAGAAACACGUUCACUGAAACAAUCUGCACUGAAGACAGAAAGAGAUUACAGUCCAGUGGAUCUCAAAACAGUGGGAGAAAGAAAACCCCUGGGAGGAAGGGGUUCGUAUUGCUCAGGGCUUCGAGAAGAGCAUGGGAAGCCAGUGCAUGACCAUGAAACGUUGAAUCUGCUGUCACCUCCAGUGAAUCUGCCCCACGGGGAAACUUGUGCAGGGGACAGCUCUGGAGACAGCAGUGAACAGACCAGCUCCAACAGCCAGGUAGCAUCAGUUCUUCUACCACACUAUGGAGGCUCCAGCACCUUCUGCUGCUUCAGCUUGGCCAUGGUGGAGCAGUGUCUGAGGGGAGAAGAGCUGCGAGCUCGACACCAGGCUGCCCUCCUCAAGCUCCGCAAAAAAGCUCUCCAGGAGAAAGCCAGGGCCGAGCUGGCCUGGCUGGACCACCAGAAACGCUGUCUGGAAAACCUGCAAGAUGGUGAAGGAGCCUCUGCCAUGGCUGCAAAGCAGUGCCAGAUCCUAACGGAGCUGAAACAGGAGCAGGCAGAAAUCCAGCACCUGCAAAACAUCUACAGGGCAGCCCAUCAAGAAAGAAAGCUUUUGUUAAAGCAGCAAAGAGAAAUCUUAAUGAUGCGUCAUUCAACAGCACAACUCCAGGAAAAGCUGCAUAAUUUGGCUGGGAAGCCAGAGGUUAUUAAAUCAGAGUCACUGGAUAGUGGUGUCCAGCUAAGGAAUAAACAAAGCAAGAAAUAUGAGGGCUUUUCUACUGAGGAGAGAACGCUGGUACAAUACCAGAAACGGGCAGAGGAGUCCCCAGGUUUGGAGCGGUCCCUUGAUGUGCAAGAGCUUAAUGCUCAGGAUCAUGUUUUAUUACCUCUGGAACAUGCAAAUUCAGCUAGAAUGGAUGAGCCUAUAUCCACGCCCAUUACAAGCCAAGGCAGAAGGCACGUAUUUCUGGAACCUAUGCUGAAGGAAAAGGCAUUUAUUUCAAACCCAAAGACAGAUCCUAAAGACAAUCCAGUUAAAGCAACAGAAGUACCUGUCCCUUAUGAGAUCCAUCAGGUGGAUGGCAAUCAGUGUUUGAAGCAUUUGGACCAUGUUUGUCAUGAAGCUUCUGAUGAAGAACUAAAUUUAAAAGCCUUUUCCGAAGGAUUAGCUUCCCCUGAGACAUCGUCCAAGUCAAACAACUUCUCUCUGAGGUAUGAAAGUGCCAAAUCAGACUCUUCACUCCCAGAAUUUCAGAAAGUGUCUGCAGUUUGGAUUGACAUCUCGGAAAGCUUCAUGUCAGACUCUGAAUUAGAGCUGAAAAAUGGAGAGGACACAGAUGUCAGUAUCCCAGAGGAGUUUGUCUAUGACAAUGGUGAUGUGUUUCCAAAUGUUUCGAAAGAGAUGCUAAGGGCAAUAAGAAAUGGAAAGGAAAUGUUGUCUACUGACAAACCAGAUGAACAUGAAGUGACCACAGGUGAUGGCACUAAGACUUCAUCACACUCCCAGAAAUACCCUGGAGAUGUUUCACAUCAUGGCUCUACUGAUGAUUUGUUUUCUUUCAUUCCAUCAGACAAAGCAAAUGCCUCCAAAACAAAGUCAGCACAUCCCUCCCAAUCUGAUAACUCUGCCGAGGGAAUGGAUGUGCCACUUCUGGAUGCCUCAGAAAAUGACAGUAGAAGCGAAAUCUUUUCUCAGGAGAUCACAAAACAGGGUAAAGAUUCAGUUGCCAGCUCUCCAUGCAAUGAUACAAUUUUUAUUAGUGAUGAGGAUGUCCCUCCAACUGAUGAGGAUGCCUUGUCAGAAAUACUGUCUCCUGUUGAUGAAGUAUUGUCCUAUGGAAGUGCUGACUUGCCAUCCUCUAAUAAAAAGGAUUUGUCAUCUCCAAGCGAAGAUCUUCCUCCUCCCCCUUUAGGCACAGAUGCAAUGAAAAAUGAUGAUCCUAGCUUCAGUAUGGAUGAUUUCCCAUCUCCACCAGAACAAAUGACAGUCUCAGAGACUAGACAGUGUAUGGAUGAAGAUAUAUCACUCAAAAUGGAUGCAUUACCCCCAUUACCUGAUAACACUGUGCCUGAAGAAUUUCCCCUGCUCAGUGGAGAGACAACUGAUGCUUUUUCAACUCAGGAUGGUAGUAUCUCAGAACAAUCUUUAGUUAAAGAUAUUUCCAGUGCAAAGGAGGGCUUGUUAGAAUACCAAGAAGGAGAACACGAGACAGCUUUGCAGCAUUUGGAGUUUCUGCCUGUGUCAAAUACUAUUUCUUCUGGUCAGGCCAGUAAAAGUCCUGACUUCAUGAUGAAACAAUGCAAAACAAACUUAACGCUGCCCAAAGCUGAGGAGGACAGUGAUGACCCGUUUCUGUCAUUUGAAAUAGGGGACAGAGUGUUAGUAAAGCAGACCCAACCUGGAACCCUAAUGUUCAAAGGGCGGACUUGUUUUGAUAGUGGCCAUUGGGCUGGUGUUGCACUCGACAAAGCUGAAGGUGAUAACGCUGGAACUUACAAAGGGGUGAAGUAUUUUGAGUGCGCUCAGCGCUGUGGUAUCUUUGUCAGACCUGGGGAGAUUUCACACCUGCUGGGGGCUAAUGAAAAUGCUUCCAAUUAUACUGGGGAUGAAGAUUCUGACUCCUCCUGUGAUGACAAAUCCUUCAAAGGCGACUGCAAAUCCUCUGAAGAUGAUAAGCAAGGAGGAGGGCUCACAGAGCAGAAAGCAGAAGACACAAACAGUGCAGGAGGAUCAGAAGUGAAAGAAAACCAGUCUAGGUCACACCUUGCCUUGCUGUCUGGAAAAGGGCAGAAGCUUCUGUGUUCUGACCAGUGUAAGUGUAAUGAAUUCCUCUGUCACAAUAACUUAACGUGCUUGGGAUCAGAUAAAGAAAAAACAGAACUAACACAAAUAAAACAAAGGAUACUUGCAGGUGUGCUUCCAAUGAAAAGUAAGACCAGUAACACAGAUGAUGUAAGAACAAGCAAAAAUAUUUGUUGCUUGGUAGAGGAUCAGAAAAUAAACAAACUCACUGAUGAUAUUGCAAGUGAACUUGCUAAAAAACUUCUGUUUGACACUUUAAUUGCACUUUCUGAAACAGCUCAACACAAAUAUAAAAGUGCCUUUGAAAAAGACAUGAUGAAUUAUGGCAAAGGCCUAGGACAAGAAGACAAUCAGAAACAGUUUCUCCUCAAAGAAAAUUCAGUUGCUAUCGUAUCUGAACAAUCAGCAAAGGUUUCUGAUGUUUCACUGUGUGAUUUAGAUAUGCUUAGUAUUCAUGGUUGUCACACAGUAGCAGAAAGAAUUGUAACUAAAUUUGUAGAUGAUGCAGUUAAAGAAUAUAAGAAGAUUAAAAGAAAACAUGGAUCGAAAGCAGACAAGAUAUUUCACUCAUCUUCAGAGACUUCUCCAACCACCUUCCCAUUCCUUGUAAAAAUCCUCGAUGCUGGUGUUUUUGGAAGCUCUGAAGACUUUGAUCAGCCUAAUUUUGACCAACAUAUGCUGGCGAGACAAACACAAAAGCAAUGCUUGUACAAAUUAGAUCAGUGGCACUCAGCUCCUUGGAAGAAAACUGUGGAAGUUCCUCUUGUGAUACCACAUUACAGUUCACAUGUAAAGAAAUUGUCUGCACGUGCUGUAGAAGAAUUAUGGACCCCAGAAAACGUAUAUUCAAAUUUCAGGAGAAUCAGUGUGCCGAAGCACUUUGAAUGUAAUGAUCUGCCAGGGAACGAUUUGGAAACAGAAAGCAAGAGGAUGUAUAAUCAGGUUAUAUGUGAUUUGACCCAUGAGUUGCUAUGUGCAGAAUAUCAAGUGGCUACAAAUCCAAAUACAUUUCCGUGGAUGAAAGAAAAUUUGAGAUCUUACUGUUCCGGACAUCUUUGCAGAAGAACAGAUGUCAAUGAGGUCAAGAUGUUUGUUCAGGGUGAAAUCAUUAAAAUAAUGAACCUGGAAAAGAAUGACUUAGAAAUGAAAAGAAAAUUCCAUAAUAUGACCAAGUAUGGAAACUGUAAAAGAGACAGAGUGGACCUUAUUCUGAUUCAGGAGCUCCACAAAGAAGAAUAUCAAUGGACAUACUAUGACGACGAUGAAUUGACUGUGAAGAUGAGAAUGACUGAAGACAUAUUUGAUAGCUUGAUCCUUGAUACAAUCAGAGUUCUUAAUAAGAUUUAUCGAAGAAAAGCCUGUAAUUAGAAGUUUUUCCUAGAAGUCUCUAUGGGAGGAAUUUUAAUCUCUGAUGUUUUUUAGCAGGAAAAGCACCAUUUAAUAAUUUUAACUCUGAACUUGUAACCAAUAUCAGUGUGGCCUUGGCUUAAUUUAUAUGUUCAUGUUUACAA